AUGCUUCACGACCAGACAGGAGCUAAUGUCGGCGGCUCACCCUCGGGAGGGGGUGGUUCCAUGCUGCCCUCUUUCGGCUUCACCCAGGAGCAGGUGGCCUGUGUGUGCGAAGUCCUGCAACAAGGAGGCAACAUCGACCGACUAGCUCGCUUCCUGUGGUCUCUCCCUGCCUGCGAGCACCUGCACAAAAACGAGAGCGUUCUCAAGGCUAAAGCUGUGGUAGCGUUUCACAGAGGGAACUUUAAGGAGCUGUACAAGCUUCUAGAGAACAACCAAUUCUCGCCUCAUAACCACCCGAAACUUCAAGCCUUGUGGUUGAAAGCUCACUACGUGGAAGCUGAGAAGCUUCGUGGUCGACCACUGGGCGCUGUGGGAAAAUACAGGGUCAGAAGGAAGUUUCCACUCCCAAGAACCAUCUGGGACGGAGAAGAGACAAGCUAUUGCUUCAAGGAGAAGUCUAGAACUGUGUUACGUGAGUGGUACUCCCACAAUCCCUACCCUUCCCCUCGGGAGAAGAGGGAGCUAGCGGAAGCCACCGGGCUGACAACGACGCAAGUUAGUAAUUGGUUCAAAAAUCGAAGACAGAGAGACCGGGCAGCAGAAGCCAAGGACAGAGACCAUCCUGGACUUCCAGGUCAGUCGGGGAUGCCCACGGAUCCAAACUCACCCAGCUCAGACAUCAAAGAGGAGCACAGCUGUGAAUCUAUGGGUCAUACAAAACUGGAUGACCAAUCUCCUCCCCACCCGUCCGCUAUCUAUGCCGAUCUGCAGAAGGCUUCCAGUAUGGCCGCAUCUGUUUCCGCCGGAAGCAUGAUGUCGGUGCACAGCAUGAUGGGAGGUCACCACGCGCACUCGUUAGGUCACAUGGGACACCAUCUCUCCAAUCAAGCAGCGGCUAGCAAUCACAUGCUACAGGAGUAUCAGACAUUAUGA